CCACCGCCCCCUGCUCAAGACGCAGCUGCCGCCCAGCAGAGCAGCUGGGCUCCGGGCUCGCUGCUCCGCGGCGUCGGCACUGACUACUUGGUGCUGGGCACGUUCGGACGAGGGGUGUACGGCCAGGUAGUCUCUGCACUUGUACCCAGGGGGGAACAGAAGGGGGGCAACUUGCCGCAGGCCCCGACUUAAUUGGGAACGAACCCGAGUACUUUUUUAUUCAAAAGAAAAAAAAGUAUUUGUUUCUAAUCUGAAUUUAACGCUCUAGUUUGUUUCUGAUGCAUGGAGAAAUUCCUCGUGUUAACGAAUUGGGGGUGGAGGGAUUUUUUCAUUGGAAGGGAGGGACUCCCGUGGUCAACUGCCCGAUGCCCCUGGGUUUCUUUAGGCGCGCCUGCUUGUACCCAUCGCGUGCAUCUAUCCUUGUUAAACUUCUGAAACCUUAAACUACUUGACAGGUUGCAGGAUUUCAAAAUGCAACUUUGCUUCAAUAAAUAUAAAGUUUUCUCACACUUCAAUUCAUUAUACUUGCAUGGUAAGAUAUUGUAUUGCUAUAGCUUUCUUUCGUGCAGGUUGAAAUUUUUCUGCACACGUCGAAACAUUUUUUGAGCCUCUGCAGAUAUUUAUUAUUUUUCCUGAAAAUACUCGUGAAAUAGUUUGUUAAAAAAUUGAGAUAUUUCAAUACAUCACUGGGCCGUAACUUAAAUCUUACUGCAAUACUUGACCUCCAAAGCCCCUUUUUAUAGUACCAUGAAUAAUUCAGCAACGAUAUUGCAAAACAGUGAAAUGCUGAUUGUGAGGUAAUUCACGUUCAUUCUGAAAGCUCUUCCAAAGACAAUGUGUGUAUCUCGUGCACGGGUACCUCGUUGUGGGCUGUUGAAUGACGCGUGCGGUUGUGUGCAGGUGCUCCACUGCCAGGAAGUGGGAAGUGCCCGUUCGAGGGCCGUGAAGGUGCUGCGCUUGGAGGGCCAAUGGAGUGAGGCGGCGAUGAACGAGGCUCAGGCGCUGGCGACGAUCAGCGUCCACAACCCUGACCUGCACCACCUCGUCCGCUUCUACGAGGCCUUCCAAUGGGGCGCUCGGCUGUUCCUCGUGAUGGAGGCCCUCGACCGCCCCCUGGGGGCCUUCAUCGCCCAGAACGGGCAGGCCCUGCGAAUGGGCGACAUUGCCUGCAUCCUCAAACAGCUUUUCUGCGCCUUGAGGAAAUUGGACGAAAGACGUAUUUGUCCAGGGGAGGCCCUUAAUCAUGACUUUCUCACUGGGGAGAAUUUUACAUAAAUUCAGGGGAAAUUGGUUUUUAUUUAUAAGUAUUUGUAUUCCUUUAUUUGUUAGUGUUGAAUUCAGUUCUUUGCAUUUGUAUUUAUUUAUUUGUAUUAAUUUAUUAUUUAUUUGUAUUUAUUUAUUUUUAUAUGUAUUUAUUUAUUUACGUAAUUGUAAGUAGUUAUUUAUUUAUUCAUUAGUAACUAUUUAUUUAUUCAUUUAUUUGAAUUCAUUUUUGAAUAUGUAUAAGUUUGUAUUCAUAUUUGCACCCAUAUAUAUAUUUGUAUUCAUUUUUUCAGUCACAUACAUUUGUAUAAAUGUUUU